AUGACGGAAUUUCGCCAGAAACAAGGGGAUGCAGCGGCGACUGUCCCCGGCGCCGAUUUCCGCCGGGGACUGGAGGAGCUUGUCAGGGAUCAUCUUGAUGGCUGCAUGAGCGCUGCCCUCGCGUCGUGCUCCACUGCACACGAUGAGGAGGACGACGAUGACUCGGCUUCCGUCGACGGACCUGACCAGCUUAUCCGCCGGCGACGACGCUCGGACCUGGAGGGGGAAGACCUGGCGGAGACGUCCGCUGCACGGCGCCGUCACUCCAGAAUCCUCAGCCGAUGGGUCGCCCGCCAAGCCGAGGAGAUGAUAACCACUAUCGAGAGGCGGAAUCGUGAGUCCGAGCUCAUGGCGCUUGCAGGCCUCCACACGGUCUCCAUGCUGGUAUCAUCAUUCCUCAGGGAUUCUCGGCGGACUACCCCAACGGGCGGUGCGGGCGAGGUCACGGAUGCGGAACGACCGACUGCUACUCGCCCGUCUUCAGUUUUGCAAAGGUGGAGAGAGCUUGAGGGUGAGUCUGGGGGGAGGCAGCCGCAGAGGGAGGUGUCAAACGGUAUGGGAAAUGGCUCAAGUGAGAGCGACGAAGAUGUCUCUCAAAUGUCUCACGGGUUGUUGCCCGCUGUUGACAGAGAGAUCGAAGAGGAAGAAGGGGAAGGUCCAAGGCCUGGUAGGGAGCAAUCGCCUGACCUUGGGGAAGGUGAUGGAGAAAGGGUCAGGCAAAUUGUGCGAGGCUGGACAGUGGAGAGUGGCACGUCUGAGCCUGGGUCUCGAAUCUCUUCUCAGAGGAAUGAGAGUCCUAGAGCUGAGUGGCUUGGAGAGACUGAACGUGAGAGAGUAAGGCUCGUGAGAGAGUGGAUGCAAAUGACAAGUGAGCGGAGGGAAGCACGAGCCGUGAGAAGGGAGGAACGGGAUCAAGAUAGGGUCGACUACAGAGGGGGUGAAUUAGUUGCAGAUCGCGAGGACAGCCAACCUGAGAAUGUCAGAAGAGAGCCACUAGGACUACGUGGAAGGCAAGCACGGAUUGAUCUGAUUACAAGAAUUGCGGCAGAGAGACAAAGGGAACUUCAGGGCUUGUCAGAGCACCGUGCUGUUUCACAGUUUGUUCACCGCAAUCGAAUUCAGGUCAGUGGCAUAUUCUUAUUUUUGUUGAUAUAAAUUGGCUUUUUACUUGUCAAAAAAAGUUAAACUUGUGCCUAAUAUUGAGAGAAAAUAUCCUAUAGGAGGAAAUCAUGUCGAAAUAUUGAACCAUCUGUAAAAUGAACAUUUAGAUUAUUUGUCAAAUGUUGUGGUUUUGAAUUAUUCUUUAUUUUAAUGGGCGAACGUUAUUGAACGAUGUUUCUGUUGUAUCCUCCCUUGAGUUUGUUCUUUUUGAAAUAUUUGUUUUCUAAUUGAUGUAACUUUCACUUUGAAAUAAUAACUUAAAAUUAAUAUAUGGAAAAAACCAUUAACCAUCAGAAAAUAGUCUGCUAACAACUCCUCAAACUUCAUGUCCUCAUUUGGAAGUUGUGGUGAUUAUACUCUAUCAUUCUGAGUUUAUUCUUAGGUAAAUCGAUCUGCGUGUUAGCAUUUAUAAAAAAUCUAUGGUUGUAAUCCCAUAAUGUUUUUUUUGUCUCCUAUGUCGGUCCUACCCAGGAGUAAUCAGGAAAAUUGUGACCUGUUCAUCUAAUCUAGUUGAUCAUCAUAUCUUAUCUGACUGUGUAAUUUUGUCUAGUCUCUUCUUAGAGGAAGAUUCUUGCGUAGCGGGGCUCCUGCUGAAGGGGGGAGGCCGCCAUCUGUGGCAGCUUCAGAAUUAGGCCAGCUAAGACAGCGUCAUCCAGUCUCUGCUCUGAGGUGCGGAAGCGUUCUUAUCAUUUUUGCUUUGUGGUACUCUUUUUCUAUAUUCGUAGUUGAUAUUCUGAACAGUAAUUGUUGGAUGCCCUUUGAAGAACAUGCGGACAUAGUUCAACUGAUAAAUUAUUAAUUCUAUUUGAGGCCCUUAAAUCUGUUUUUUAGUCUUAGCUUUGCAGAAUUUCUGCUUCCUGGAAACAGGGUUUGUGCUAAUCACCCAACUCUGAGAUGACUUUGCCAACUUCAGUACCCUGUCCUUCUCUACAUAGUUCCUAACGGGAUUUACAUUGCAACUCUGCACGUUGAAGAAAAUUGGAUUCCGUCAUCCACUUAUUUAAAAAAUGAUCGUUGAAGUAAAUAUGUCUGAUUAUAGAGGUAAAAUCUACAGCAAGAUGGUUCAAUAAAGAAUUAUUUUAUGCUAUUUGUGUAUUUUAUUCAAAAAAUAGCUAGAAGAUGAGAAUGUCUCCCAGUCAGUUAGAAGAUACCGUGCUACCAUAAGGACACAUCAGUUGCUUCUCAUUCAUAAAUGUGGCAUAUUAGAUGAAGUUGUUGGAUACUCAAUCUGAAAGCACGAUUGUAAUAUUCAAGUGAGCCACUCAAGCCGAUAUCUCAGUGUACACUUAGGUCUAUGAAUAAGGUGCAUGUCAUGCCAACAUUUUGAACCUCAGGUCUGAUGAGCAAGAUGAAACCAGUUGGAAUACUAUGAUGAAUGAAGAUGAAGAUCAUAAAAUGUUCUUUUCUAAUAUUUCUAUUAUGGAAAUGGCAGUGGUAGAAACUAUACUGCAUAAGAUCUCCUAAAGCUACUUGAGAUGACUAAGAUAUCCUCAAUGAGACCGAAGUACUUAUUUCUGUAUAAUCAUUACUAAUAAAUAAAUGCUUUUGAAAGAAAGAGGAAAGCAGAAACAAUGUACACGCAAUAAGAAUGUACAUGGAAGCAAUGCGGAAAGAUAUGAGUUAUGCAUUGUCGAAUAUGACUAAGAUAUGUGUUUCAAUAAUUUUUUUGCAUUUUUUUGUUCCCAGCCUCAGCUGAUUAAGGUUGGAUGAACCAUGAUGAGAAUAGGUAGAUACCCUGGCCUGUUUGGUUAAGCUGAUUAAUCAAUGCAUUCGGUUCUGAUUUCUUAACGAACUAAAGAGGUGCUGUCAUGAUAUCGGGAGAAUUUUUUGCCUUCUAGUGUAUACAUAUGAUAGCACUUCUUAAGGCAACCUCUCUGUAAGAACCUUGAUACAGUUGCCAAAUCGUGUAUUUUUUCUGUGUCAAUCCUACAUAGUAAUUUCUGUUCGAAGGACAUAUGCUCCACCCUAGUGUUAGCUACGGAAUUAAAGAAUCAGUCAAACUGGAGCAAAACCAACUAAUCCCAUUUACGCCAUUUAGAUUGGUUUAACUGUGUAAACGCUAGACUUAUAAUUUCUAGAGUUGGCCCAUCAAGCCAGAAGACUAGAAGAAGGUGAAACUGGUUAAAAUAUUUCAAAAUAGUUUAAUAUAUUUUACUCAAUCAGAAAGCAGGGGCUGUGCACAGAACAGAACUCACUGGCUCCCGAGAUGAACUGGAACAAGAACCGACUGGAAUCAGUUUUCUUUUUGAAAUCCUGCUGGCUUAUUUUUUUGGAACAGAUGAUAUAUGAUUCACUAUCGCUUAGAUCUUUCUUGUGGAGGAGACUACAUCUUGGUUCUUUUCCUUUUUGAGAAGAGAUAUUGGACUCCAGUAUGUCAUGACAAUGCUGCAGGUUUAUGUUAUCCUGAAAGUGGAUGAUAUCUUAUCUUGUCUUGUAGAUUCGCAUCCCAAACCAAUCUGUUUCAAGGUUACAUUAUCUAUUCAUGUUGUGGACCACUUGGGAAAAACAAUUAGACCACUUAGCUAAGCACAAGUCCUUGAUAUUGUUUGUUAUCCUAAUUAGGAAAUAAUUGCUUAAUAUAUGAAUUUAAUAUUGACAGAAGCAACCUGAAUGCAGUAUUUGAAAUUCACUGUUAAUUCUUGUGCUACAUGAUCGCAAUAUAAUUGCCUUCGAUUUUAUUGUAAGAUAGGAAUUCAUGGAAUAUAAUAUUAUUUUAACUAUUCCAAGAUCAUUAGAUGGAAGAUCUUGAUUCUAGAUUUCAUCUUUUUAAAAGGCUUGCGUCAAAGUCUGAUAAUAAUUUAAAUGACUUUUUUGUAAUAAUUUUCUUCAGAUUAAACAAACUAAAGCCUUUAUCCUAUUGAAAAAUAAUAAACGGGUCAAACUAAAUUCAAAGUCGGAAUAUGACCUUGAGCUAGCAAUAAUCACCUAACGCACUGCACUUUAACCCUGCCUCAUAAAGCACUUAUGCUGAAUACUAAACACAAAAAUCUCAUCAAUCUAGGCGAAGAAAAUAUUGUUAAAAGUGUUGAAGUCAUGAGUUCCAAUUUUAAAUGGCUACCCCAGCCUUCAAGAAGCUUAUCCAACCAUUCUGAUAAAAGGGAUAUUGCAUUUAAAGCUUGUAAAUCUCAUUGUGAGUUAUUGUAACGGUUUUAUUUCCUGUUUUGAUUGUUGUCGAUGUUAAGUUUCUAACAAUUCAAGAUUGCUUGUCACUCCAGCAGAUUGCUCUAUCAAAUUAGCUGGGUUAGUUUGUUUACUAGCACAAUGAAACUAUUUCAGCCUAGACCGUUGAAAUCUAAUCUGAAUUUUGGUCUUGUCCAACAUUUGGGCUUCUGUUUGAAGAGUUCACGUAGCUGGGGCCUAGGAACUUGAAAAAAUAACUAUGUUCAUCUACUUAUUUCUUCUUCAUUCGUAUAAUUCGGUGAGUGGCCUAAGUAAACAUGAAAAUGAAAGAGCAUAUUCAUCCCCCGCCCCUUCUUUCCCUCUUUUCUUGCUCCUUGAACCUAUUGGUAGACAUUGUAUCUUUCAGACCAUCGGUAAUCCCCCCAACAAGAGAGAGGAAGGGGAGACCUUCAGCUGUGUUGGAUGUCUCUGCUUAUGAAUCUGCUGAGUCCCGUGUGACCAAGCUACCCAUCAGUAUCUGUCCAGGGAAGCUGACUCUUAUUAGGAAGGACAUUGACAGGAAUCCGAGGUCUAGUUCAUGGAUUCUAUCGAGAUUAACUUUCAUGAACACUAACCAAACCCAGAUCACCUUAAUAAACUUAAGUCGCAUAUGCUUACAGUCGGAAUUUUUUCAAUUUCCACUGCUAACAAAUGAAGAGGAAAGAUGAUUUCGUUUUUCAUACAAGCAAAUACUAGAGCCCAGCAGAAGGGAGAGUAGAUCCUAACAUCUCUGUGCCUAUCUAUAUCUGUUUUACAUAUUUUCCAUGGUGUUCUCUGGAUAAUCUUUGAUGAAUAAACUAGCAUUGCAAUUAGUUCGAUUACACUUAAUUAUCUAGUCUCUUUGACAGGGAAGGCUUUCAUUUUAGGUCACAGAACGCUGUUCCUGAUCAAACCAGUACAUAUUCUGAUGUUUCACCAACACAUAUAAUUACUAGUACCGCAACUGAUCAAUCUCAACCAACGGUCCCAGCAGGAUCUAGAACUGAAGACUCUGAACAGUCCCAGCAUAGAAACGAGGGCAAUGUCAUGCAUCGAGUUUCAGAAGUUGAAAGAAGCAUGUUGGAGAGCAGUGUUUCCCAAGAUAAUAUAGCUGUUCAAGGUUCCAUGGCUCAAGGAAACUGGCAGGAAGAAAUUUCAGAGCGUGAGAGAAGUGACUUGCCGGAAUCCACUGAAGUCGGGAUCAGUGAAUGGCAAGAUGGCGCGGGAGGGGAAUCGGAUGAAAAUUGGCAAGCUAACUUAGAUCAGAACUGGACUAGGGAAACAGAAGCCAAUGACGACGGAGAAGGUAGCCAUCUUCCAGCAGACGAGUGGCACGAAGAUGACUCCCGGGAGGCUGUUCAUGACUGGGAUCAGGGGACAUCUGAUUAUUCUAGAAGUCAACUGUCUAUCCCUAUCAGAAGGGUGAAUAGGUUUUUACCUCCGGACGACGACAAUGUGUACAGCAUGGAACUCAGGGAACUCCAUAGCAGGUUUUUAUUUGCAAACAUUCUGCAAUGUCUUCUUGCUCAUCAGAAUACAUUUUUUGUCCUGUUGCUAAAUUUUGUGUCAUGUCUCCUUCUCUUGCAGGAGAAGCGUUUCGAAUCUUCUCCAAAGUAGCUUUCGUGAUAAUCUUGACCAGCUGAUUCAAUCACAUGUUCGAAGACAAGGCCCCCCUCCAGUUGAACGCAGUCUCCUAAGGAGCAUUCCAACUCCUGCUGUACAGGAGGGGCCUCGGGAUGCUCAAAGAGUGGAGCUGGAUGAGGGUCAGGAGGGUCCUACCACUAGACGCCGUGUUGUCAUUCCACCUCCACCUGUGCCUCCUCCUCAGCCGCUUUGGCAUCGGGGUUUGCAUAGCAGCAGUUGGGCUCGGCACAGCAUCCAACGAUUGGAAAUGGUGAGCAUCCUGCUUUUGACUUUCUGCCUUAACUCUCUCAUUAUGUCAUCCUCCGAUGACUGAGCUUUCGGAAGAGACUCCAUAAAUAUUUCUAACUUAUUAUCCAAGUUUUUUUGUUUAGUCUGUCGGUUCUUUUCUCAGAUUACUACCCACUUUCUUUGUGUCCAAAAUAGCGGGUAACUGCUGUUCUUAGGAAUCAUGUGAUCUUUCUUUUUUUUUUUUUUUUUGUCCAGAUAUGGCCGCCCUCAUUUCAUGUGAUUUAGACGAUUUUUUAUCAUUUGCAGUAGUCUUAUUUUAUUUUUAGUGGGAAGGACGAUGACUCAAUUAUUCAUCAUGGGAUUGAGAUGUUGAAGCUCUUGGCUAAUCAACGAUUGGAAUUGAGCUGAUACAUACCGAGUUCUUUAACGUCUUGUCUUCUUUGAUCUCACAGUUUCUGGAUGUGGUGUUGCGUGGCUGCAGGAAUGGGAAAUUAUUAACGAUCUGAGAGCCGAUAUGGCCAGACUUCAGCAGGGUAUGAGUCAUAUGCAGAGGAUGUUAGAGGCUUGCAUGGACAUGCAAUUGGAACUGCAGCGGUCAGUGAGGCAGGAGGUUUCGGCGGCUUUAAAUCGCUCUCUUGGAAGAGAAGGUCUGGAUACUAUUGAGAAAGCAUAUUAAUAUUUGAUCUCGAUUUUCUGUGAAUUUUCCUUUAAUGCGAUUAUAUUAUCAAACUUGAGCAAGUAGAAAACCAGCUCCUAUUGGCGUCGACAGAAUUUUCAGAAGCCCACAGUGUUUCAUUGUCUACUGCCGACAGCUGAUGCCGGUGGUUGGAGGGUCAACGCUCCGGGGAUUCUCUGGCCGUUUAGUUGUUUAUUUCAGUCCAACUCUCUGUGAAACUGUUCAUCUUCACUUUUGGAGUACCCCAUUAGUCUUCGAAAGAUUUUAAUACUUUAAAGGCAACUUUGCCGACGUGAGGAGUUGACCUGGAAGCUAUUGUUUCAGGAGCGGGGGAUGUGCUGACCGGGGACGGAUCCAAGUGGACCCACGCGAGGAAGGGAAUGUGCUGCAUCUGCUGCGACGGCCACAUCGAUUCUUUGCUGUACAGGUACUGCACAUCCUCAUUCCCCACGUCAUCUUGUUCCGUAAAUGAGCAUCGUUCGUGUUGACAGCUAACCUCUCCCUCUCUCUCUCUCUGUCUCUCUCUGUCAGAUGCGGGCACAUGUGCACUUGCUCGAAGUGUGCCAACGAACUGGUACUAGCCGGUGGGAAGUGCCCGUUAUGCCGAGCACCGAUCGUGGAGGUGAUCAGAGCCUACUCUAUUUUGUAA